AUGCACAGACUCAUGAGAGAGAAGAUUUGUUUGUUCAAAAGUUACGACAAUGCUGCGUCCUCUUCGAUUUUGUCUCUGACCCCCUCAGUGACCUCAAAUACAAAGAGGUGAAACGGGCAGGUUUGAAUGAAAUGGUGGAGUACAUCACACACAACCGGGAUGUCAUUACAGAGGCUAUUUACCCUGAGGCGGUUAUUAUGUUUUCAAUAAACCUCUUCAGGACAUUACCACCAUCAUCUAAUCCUACUGGGGCAGAAUUUGAUCCAGAGGAAGAUGAACCCACACUUGAAGCAGCCUGGCCACAUCUCCAGCUUGUCUACGAGUUUUUCCUGAGGUUUCUGGAGUGUGCCGAUUUUCAACCAAAUGUAGCGAAAAAGUAUGUUGACCAGAAAUUCGUCCUGUCGUUGUUGGAAUUGUUUGACAGUGAAGAUCCGAGGGAGAGAGAUUUCCUCAAGACUAUUCUUCAUAGGAUCUACGGAAAGUUCCUGGGCUUGAGGGCGUACAUCCGGAGGCAAAUCAAUAAUAUCUUUUACAGGUUUAUCUACGAGACUGAGCACCAUAAUGGGAUUGCAGAACUUCUGGAAAUUUUGGGCAGGAGUUGCGAAUGGUACUGAACACUGCAGUCUUCGGCAAACAACCCCACUCCUGACCUUAUGUUGAAGGGAGGGUCAUUGAUGAAGCAGCUGAAGAUGGUUGGGCCUAGGACACCACUCUGAAGAGCUCCUGCAGCAAUGUUCUAUGUCCCAGUGGACUGAGUCAUUUUUCAUCUAUUUAAAACUGAUCAUCUCGGAGAAUGUCUUAAGAAGCUUCACAGAAACAAAAGGAAAAUAUAUUGAUUCUGAAGAGAUUUCAAUAAGAACUGUACAUGUGUGAUGAAUUAGUGUGGAAUUGAAAAGCAUUUGUUGGGACACCGUGAGUAAUCUAAUGUUUGAAUCUGCUUGGCUGAAGUAGCUUGUGCAUAUUAGGCUGUGAAAUAGUUUGGUUUGAGUUAAUUCUUAGUAAGAUUCCUCCUGCCCCUAAAAAAAACUUAAAUCAACUACACAGCAUAUCAAGUAA